UUGCCUGGUCUUCAUUCAUCAAAGGCAAAAGUCCCAUGCGGGCAUCGCGGCUUCCACGGUACACCGGUAGAAAGCAGAGAGGAAGCAAAUAAUUGGAUGCCAGGCAAGGAAACUCUCCGUCGUAAACACUCGUAACUGGUAUUCCCCUCGAGUUUCAAGUAUCAUGGUCAAUGCCAUUAUUCAGGUUGCUGCCCUUCUCGCAAUCUGCAUCUCGUUCGUGAGAUCCGGUGUUCUAAAAUGGCUCCGCAACUAUGUCAGGUGCCUGUAUUACCUGCGCAAGCUACCAAUGACCGUGAAGCCGAUGUGGAUCGCUGGUCACACCUGGUGGGCGCGUCCCGAGACCGCUGUAAAGAACAUGAUGGACAACUUUGAGCAGAACACCCCAGUACCAGCCGUGUCACGUUUUGAUAUGGCCCCGUUCACUCAUUUCGCUCUAGUCGAGAAACCAGAAACGGUCGGCACAGUUUUGAGAUCAUCUGCACCAAAGAAUCCGUACAUAUACUCAUUUCUUGUGCCUUGGAUUGGAGAGGGGUUAUUGAUCAGCAAUGGGUCCAAAUGGGCACGGAAUAGGCGGUUGCUGACGCCAGCGUUUCACUUCAAUGUACUGAAGGGAUACGUGGACUGCUACAAGUCAGCUGUGGAGAUUCUCGUUCAGAAAUGGCAGGAUGCUCUGGAAGCGAGUGAUGGUGUGGAAGCACGCGUCCCAGUCUCCAAGGACAUUCCUCUGCUGACGCUGGACGUAAUACUUCGCUGUGCCAUGAGCUAUCAGUCCAAUUGCCAGACGCAGGCCAAUACGUACACAGAUGCGGUCAUGCAGCUGAUCACCAAAGCACAAACACGCGGCCUCAACAUUUUCCAGCAUCCUGAUUUGUUAUACUACAACACGGCUACUGGCAAGCAAUUCAAAGAGGCCUGCCACACAGCUCACGUCUACUCAGAUGCCAUCAUCAAAGAGCGCAGAGAAGAACGCGCGGAAGGGCGGCAUAACUCAGAGCACAACACAGACUUCCUGGACAUUCUCUUGACGGCUGUAGACAGUAGUGGAGCAGGCCUUUCCGACAUGGACAUACGCAAUGAAGUUGAUACGUUUCUUUUUGAAGGUCAUGACACAACUGCCUCGGCGGUCCAGUGGACGCUGUACUUCUUGUCUGCCGAUUCAACCGUCCAGCAGUCUUGCCGUGAGGAAGCCAUGGACAUCUUCUGCACAGACGGCAAUAUAGCCAACCCAAACGUUACGUAUCAAUCACUUCAAUCUCUCACCUACAUUGAACAAACCAUCAAGGAAGCCAUGCGUUUGGCUACAACCGUGCCUCUCAUCUUUCGCAAGCUGAAUGAGGAUGUUCAGAUUGGCGGGUACUUGGUACCGGAAGGAGCUUGGGUUCUCAUCAACCUAUGGGCACUGCAUCACAACCCGGAGUACUGGCAGGAUCCGAUGAAGUUUGAUCCUUCGCGAUUUGACGCCGAGCCGCAGACGUCAGCCCAGCGGCCAGUGUUCUCCUACGCGCCAUUCAGCGCAGGUCCACGAAACUGCAUCGGGCAGAACCUGGCCAUGGAAGAGAUGAAGGCUACCAUAGCUAUUCUACUGCUCAAUUUCCAGUUCUCACUCCCCGAGGAUAUGUGCAACAUGGAACAGCACAUCUACGCUAUCAAUCGUCCCAAAUCUCCAAUCGAGUUGAUCGUCAAACCAUUGCUCGCUUGAUUGGAUGCUGCACUUGUCGAUAUUGGUAGUUCUCCUCCAUGGUUACACUGAAUGAGCCUCGGUUCUCUACAGGCUAUGCUUGGAUUUAUAGAACUUCUGGGACACUUGCUAUGCGUGGUAGUACAGAAUCAGAGUUAGCCGUUGGUUGCUAAAGAAGGCAACAUGCACACUGCUAGCUGAGAGACCGAUGCCAGUGUGAGAUGGCUCAGAUCCUCCCCCCACCCCCCCCCCCCCCGAUUAUUAAAAUUAUUUCAGAUGUUGGAGUUGAGAUGAACCGGCAGCAUGCUGAGUCUGUAUCUCAGCUCAUGCCGAAUAGCUUGAAUCAGAGCGAGAAGCUCUGAUUCACCCAAGAGCUGCAGCAUAACCAUCCCCUUCUGCAAUCUGUGUUCUACUUGAAAAGUUAUUUACACCACAUUGGAGAAGAAUCAAUAAUAAGUAUUCUAUUUGAAGUCACAGAUUCGUAGCUGAAAUUACUCUUUUGAUGAUGAAAAUCAACCUGGUGCACUUUUUUAUCGAAUUGCUGGUAACCACUUGUAAAUUGGAGAUAUGUGUCCUUGUUUUAGAAUUUUUCUUAUUGAUUUUCAACCUAGCUUGAUUGGCACAGUGAUUAUUGAUGUUCUCAGGUUUCUUGCUUAGACCAUGAUCGUAUUCAGGAUUGUGUUAGCCAGAUAGGCAGCUGAAUCCGGUGCUGUGAAAGGAG